GGUGUCCCCGCGCGGAGUCGCUGCCCCAUGGCGGAGGAUGUUGAUCUGAAAGCAUGUCAGGAAGCUUUGGAUGACUGCUGUCCACACCGAGGAGAUGAUCAGCUGGAACUGCAAGAGGAGGAGGAGAAAGACAUAAAUCAAAGCAACCGCAACCAUGUAGAUUCCCUUCUCUCCCUCGAGGGCUAUUUACAGCUUCUGUCAUCGCAGAUGGAAAACAUGCUAGAGGUGAGCUUACUGGAAGAUACACAAGUUGCUACUUCUAGUAGAGGUCAAAACCCAUCAUCCUUACACCACAAUAUAAAUUUGACCCAGACACUUCACGACUAUUUCAGUCCUCCUGAUGCCAUGCUACUAAGAACAGACUACCCAACUCAAUCAAAUUCAAAACCAAGACAUAUACAAAGGCAAGAGUCUUUUCCUCAGUCAAGUUCUAAUAUCACGAAUCCAGAAUCACUACUUCAUGGGCCAAAUUUGACAGGGCUGGUUUCAGCAGCUGACCUUAGAAACCUAACAGCCCAUGAUGACAAUUUUGAUGAAAUUAAACUCAUGUCUUUGGCUUUGGAUGAAGACUUUGGUCCUAUAGAAAUUUCUCAGAUCUUUGAAGAGUCUGGCUCAGAUUUGGGACUAUCUUUGAAUUCAAGUCACAGUACCACCUCUUAUUCAGUCUGCUAUGAAGAUCCUGUUGGGUACAGCAGUGGUGUUAAAUCUGCUCCUUCACAUGGCGUAGGAGCUGUUGAUGGCCAUUGCAAAGAAAACACUAAAUAUGACCAUGAGGAAUAUCCAGGUGACGCUGAGUGUCCUAGAGAAGCCACACUUCAGCAGUUUCUUCAUAACCACACUUACAAUCAGCUGCCAAGUCAAGGAGCAUCCGCUCCAGAGCAUCAACAGGCAUGGAUGAAGAAAUCGAACGAUGUAAAGGAUAGGUGCCAUAAUUCUACUGAUACAAACCACAGCAGUGAUGAAUGCUCUGCAAAAGCUCUGAAAAUACCGUUUUCAAUCGAUGAAGUUGUGAGCAUGCCCAUCGACUCCUUCAACACCAUGCUAGCAAAGAACCAGCUGACAGACACGCAGGUAUCACUUCUACGUGACAUCAGACGAAGAGGAAAAAACAAGGUAGCUGCCCAAAAUUGCCGUAAACGCAAACUAAAUGCAAUUCUUGACUUGGAAGAAGAUGUGUGUAAUCUUCAAACACAAAAGGAGAGCCUUAGAAAGGAGCACUCUCAGUGUAGCCAAUCAAUCAGCCAGAUAAAGCAAAAAUUAAACAACUUGUACUGUGACAUUUUCAGUAGACUGAGGGAUGACCAGGGUAGACCUGUUAACCCACACCAAUAUGUCAUUCACUGCAGUAAUAAUGGUAGUGCUUUCAUAAUACCCAAACAUUUGGUCAAAUCUGAACAGAAACAAGAUACAGCAAAAGCACAGAAACAAAGAUAAAAUGGCUGAAGAUCAACUAGGUUUUAUUUUGCCUGGAAGAAUAGGGAGACUUGUGUGAAAACUGGAGGUCAGUGAUUACAGUAGUUCAAACAGAAACAACUAUACUUGAGGAGAAACACUUCAUAUUCAAAGGUCUGUCAAACUCACCUGACUGGGAUCUGUUAGGAAGUCUAAAAGCUGAAGCUUCUGAAUGAGGAAAUCAGAGUUUCAGUCAGAAUUAAAGGAGCUAGCCCAUCAGUGUAGGUGUAGUUUUAUAUACCUAUGUUAAAACUAGGAAUUUCAUUGCUAGUGAUGGGGGAGAGGGGAGAACAUCAGUGGGGGGAUAAAAGCCAGCUUUAGAUCAAAGUUAGACAUGGAAGAAAAAUGUGUUUUAGUCUUGAGUACUUGAUUCUUCAUACAGAAAGUGACCUUAUUUUAUUCUCUAGCACUGAAAGAAAAAUUGUAGCUCUAGUGCAUCUCCAACUUAAAUUCACUGUGGAUUCCCAUAUUCUCAAGAGAUAAUCUGUGCUUUGCAUUUGUUCAGAACUGUUCUGCUUUUCCUAGUUUUCCAUUGAGAAGAGAGGCCCAGGAGGCUACCAUAUUUUUCCUCACUACUUUCAUCAUCACAGCUUCAAGCAAAGAUAAUGUACCAAUUAAUUUUACAACUCAAAUGAUCAAUCUGCAAAUAGAUUCUGAAGAAGUGUCUGAUUCAGUAUUGUCUUACCUUCAUCCUCUGCAACUGAAUCAUUCUCAGCUUUCUUUCAUGAAAACAACUGAUGGUGAACAAGUUCCCAUUCUGCUUUCUAGUGACUGGGAUAUAUUUACUUGUGUACCUUCCCUUUUCUCACCAUUUUGAUACCUUCAAGGAGAAGUACUAGUUUUUCUUUUUGGCUUUAUUGAACUGGUAUUUUUUAGUGUCUUCAAUGUUACAGAUUUUUUUGUUUAAUAUUUUCCCUAAUCUUUAAAGUAAAUUAAAUUGAACCAAAUUACUGUUUAUCUGUACUUGUGACUAUAUGAGUUUACACUGAUAGCACUGUGAAUGAAGUUUUUGGUUUGGACAUUUCUUUCUUUGUGCUAUGAAAAAGAAGACACUUUAUUCACUCACACAUUUACAACAUCCUGUCCUUUACUAUUU